AUGUCCAUUGGCAUACUAAAAUCGCCGAUUUCCCUCUUCAAACAAUUUCCAACGCCUAUAACUUCCACUUUCCACUAUUUAUCACUCCCAACGAACCCUUCCCUCCACCGAAUUAAACAACUCCAUGCCCGCCUCAUCGCCGCCGGGUAUGACGGCGACAGCCAUUUCACAGGCCAACUCCUUGCCGCUUUAGCUCAGUCGCAAUCAACCCCAUUGCAGUAUUCUCUUUCGAUUCUCAAUUCAACUCAAAACCCGUCUCUUUUUGCUAUCAAUAACCUAAUCCGAUGCUUCGCCAAGAGCGAAUCCCCUCACCAAGCUCUCUCCCUCUACUCCUUCAUGUGUAAAAAUGCGCAUUUUCAGCCUAACAACUAUACCUUUCCCUUUUUAUUUCAAGCUUGUAGUAAGUUUAUGGGAAUUAUCGAAGGGACUCAGAUCCAAGCUCAUGUCAUAAAGCUUGGGUUUUUUGUUAACGUGUAUAUUAGAAACGCACUGAUUCAUUUGUAUUUCACUUCUCAUGAGACUAAACUCGCGAAAGAUUUGUUUGAUGAGAGCCCAGCUUGUCGAGAUCUUGUUACAUGGAACGUAAUGAUAGCAGGGUACGCAAAGGCUGGACAUAUAGACAAUGUAGAGAAGAUGUUCGAUGAAAUGCCUGAGAGAGACGUUAUAUCAUGGAGCUCAUUGAUAACAGGUUACGUGCAGAAUGGAUACUUAGAACAAGCAUUAGACUCUUUCAAAAGAAUGAUGGAUCUUCAAUUGUCACCUAACGAAUCCAUUCUAGUGAUGGUUCUUUCAGCAUGCGCUCAAUUGGGGUUGAUUGAAAAAGGUAGAAUGAUUCAUUCAACUAUAGAUUCAUUAAAUUUCCCAAUGACAAUUCACAUUCAGACUGGCCUCAUUGACAUGUAUGCUAAAUGUGGGUACAUCGAUAAAGCUAGAAACUUGUUCAACAAAAUGGCAAUAAAAGAUCUUUCAUCAUGGAAUGUCAUGAUAUGUGGAUUAGCCAUACAUGGACUAGCCAUGGAAGCCAUUGAUCUUUUUGAAAAGUUUUUAACCAAAGGACUUACACCUGUCAAUGUGACCUUCAUAGGAGUAUUAAGUGCAUGUAGUAAAGCAGGAUUAGUCGACAAAGGUUGCCAUUAUUUCAAACUAAUGAUGGAAAAGUACAACAUUGACCCUGAAAUGGAGCAUUAUGGGUGCAUGGUUGAUCUUUUAAGUCGUAAAGGUUUAGUACUUGAAGCCAUUGAAUUAGUUGAAAAGAUGUCAAUCCCACCAGACCCUGUUUUGUGGGUAACAAUUCUUGGAGCUUGUAGGACACAUGGAUUAAUAAAACUUGGUGAAGAAACUGGUAAAAAGUUAAUCCAAUUAGACCCAAAUCACUAUGGGAAUUAUGUACAAUUAUCUGAAAUUUAUGCAAAGUCAUAUAAAUGGGAAGAAGUUGUAAGAACACGAGGUAUGAUAAAUGGUCGAAAUAGUAAAAAGAUUCCUGGAUGGAGUUUGAUAGAAGCACAUGGGAAAAUCCAUCAAUUUGUUGCGGGAGAUAGAGAACAUGAUAUGAGUAUGGAGAUUUACAAAAUGCUUGAUAGGAUGAACACUAGGGUUUUAGAGGCUGGUUAUUUGCCUAAUGUUGUACAAGUUUUGCAUGAUUUAGAAGAGGAAGAAAAGAUCAAUGUGAUUAAAGAGCAUAGUGAGAGGUUAGCAAUUGCAUUUGGUUUGUUGGUAAUUGGGAGUGGAAAAUGCAUUCGGAUAGUGAAGAAUUUAAGGGUUUGUGGAGAUUGUCAUGAGAUAACGAAAGUUUUAUCGAAAGUGUUUGAGAGGGAGAUUGUGGUGAGGGAUGGAAGUAGGUUUCAUCAUUUUAAGAGAGGUGAAUGUUCUUGCCAAGAUUAUUGGUAG